AGAGAGAGAAAGCAGAAUUAUAGACAGAGGAAGAAGGAGAAGCAGAGCACAAUCCAACAGCGCAGUAGAUCUGCUCUGCCGUCGUCCCCCUUCUCCUCCCAUUUCCCUCGUCUUCUCCAUUCAGCUUUCUUCUUUUCUAUUUGGUAACUCUCACUUGGGUUUGUCGACUCUGCCACCGGCUUCCGCACAAAUUUUUAUUACCAAUAUAAUUCAUUUUAUGACCGUUUCCACUCCACCAGCAGAGAGACUGUUUCCACUCUGUUUUUUUUGUUUCUUCGCAUUUGGAGCGGGGGAGAGUUUUCGGGUCCGUUUUUUCUUUUCUCACUCAUUUGCCAUUAGGGUAUAGGGAUGGUGAAUUCAUCGGCGAGACUGUGAUUGAGUUGGUGGUGGAGCUCCGGUGACUGUCGGCCACUGGACUUCACCGGCGGUGGAGGGGUUUAGAGGAAAAAACACAAUGUUCCGGCCAGUGAGGUGGCGGAGUGACAAGAACAAGAUCAAAGUGGUCUUCAAGUUUCAAUUCCAUGCAACUCAGGUGUCACAGCUGAAUGUGGACUCGUUAGUGGUUUCUGUGGUUCCCGGAGAUGUUGGGAAGCCCACUGGAAGAUCAGAGAAGGCUCCAAUCAAGGAUGGAAGCUGCCGGUGGGAAUAUCCAGUUUAUGAAACUGUCAAGUUCAGCCACGAUUCCAAAACUGGGAAGAUCAAUGAGAGGAUGUAUCACUUCAUUGUGUCAACGGGUUCAGCUAAGAGUAGUGUAGUUGGUGAAGCUUCGGUCGAUUUGGCCGCGUAUGCAGAGGUAGUCAAAGCUUCUAAUGUCUCACUUCCUCUCAAGAACUCAAAGGCCAAUGGUGUUCUUCAUGUUUCAAUUCAGAAACUACAAGCAAAUAUAGAUCAAAGGGAAGAAGAGGAAACUGAAGCUGCAAUCAUAAAGCCGAGAAAUAAGACCUUGAAUACUCUCUUCAACAAUGGCGAGAGUGACGAAAUCAUCAAGAACUUCCCUAAUGCGGACGCAUCGAAUGCUACAAAUAGCAAUGCUGAAUAUAACAAGAUCGCCACCGCCACAAGUGGAUCUUCUGACCUUACAUUAUCAAGCCCCGAGGCUAGCUCAGAGCUUAACACGCCACGAGAGGACCCUGCAAGCUUGCUAGCAUCGAAAACUCAAACUUCAGCCCCUCAGCAGACAGAAUAUGAAUGGUCUGUGGAUUCUGAUCAUGCCUUAAGCAUUGAGAGCUCGACGAAUAGCUCUCAUGGUGGAGACAAGUCUCAACUAGUUUCAGAUGGCGAGGUCGAGAAGCUCAAGGCUGAACUUCUCAGCAUGACCAGACAGCUUGAUCUCUCAGAACUCGAACUGCAGACGCUACGCAAGCAGGUUGUGAAAGAAAGCAAGAGAGGCCAUGAUCUCUUGAGAGAUCUCGCAGGAGUGCAAGCAGAAUGCAAGAAACUGAAAGCCUUCCAGAAAGGCAGGGAGGAAGCAACAAAAACCAGAAAUAAGUCGAUAUCCGAAGGUGGUGGUGGUGGUGGGGAUCCAUGGUUGCUCAUUGAAGAGAUCAGACAAGAACUUUAUUAUGAGAAGGAUCGCAACACCAACCUUCAGUUACAACUACAGAAGACUCAAGAGUCGAAUGCAGAACUGUUACUUGCCGUGAGGGAGCUCGAGGAAAUGUUGGAGCAGAAGGGCACCACCCAGUCAACUGAUGAUGAGCAGAAGGCUUUGGAAGAGCUCGUGAAGGAGCAUGGCGGUACGAGGGAUACUUAUGUGCUGGAGCAAAGGAUUGUGGAUCUCAGUAGCGAAAUCGAGAUCUACAAGAGAGAUAAGGAUGAGUUAGAGAUGCAAAUGGAGCAGAUUGCUCUUGAUUAUGAGAUAUUGAAGCAGGAGAAUCAUGAACUUUCAUAUAGGGUGGAGCAAAGCCAGCUGCAGGAGCAGCUGAAAAUGCAGUAUGAAUGUUCACCACAGACUGACAACACACUGGAAUCACAGAUCGAGAGGCUGGAAGACGAGCUUAAGGAGCAAGGAAUUGAGUAUUCAAUUUCCUUGGCCACUAUAAAAGAACUUCAGAACCAUAUCAAGAGCGUAGAGGCAGAAUUGAGUCUGCAACAGAAGGCUAACUCCGGUUAUCUGGCCAACAUAGAUGAACUCCAAAACCAUAUCAAGAGCACGGAGGAGCAAAUGAAGCUGCAAGAGCAAAGUGCAGCUGCCAGCACAAGGGAACUUGAAGAUCAAGUCGAGAGGUUGGAGAAUGAACACUCUAGUUCUUUGACCACCAUAAAUGAACUUCAAAACCAGAUCAAGAGCCUGGAGGAAGAAAUGAAGCUGCAAGAGCAAAGUACAGCUGACAGCACAAGGGAACUUGAAGAUCACUUCCAGAGGUUGGAGAAUGAACACUCUAGUUCUUUGGCCACCAUAAGUGAACUUCAAAACCAGAUCAAGAGCUUGGAGGAAGAAGUGAAGCUGCAAGAGCAAAGUACAGUUGCCAACACAAGGGAACUCGAAGAUCACUUCGAGAGGUUGGAGAAUGAACACUCUAGUUCUUUGGCCACCAUAAAUGAACUUCAAAACCACAUCAAGGGCUUGGAGGAAGAAAUGAAGCUGCAAGAAGAAAAUAUAGCUGCUAGCAGAAAGGAGCUCAAAGCCCAAAUCGAGAGUUUGGAGAAUGAACGUUCUAGUUCUUUGGCCACCAUAGAUGAGCUUAAAAUCCAUAUCAAGAGCUUGGAGGAAGAACUAAAGCAGCAAGAGGAACUCAUGCAGCAGCAUGAAUCAUCAAAACAACUAGAAGCUCAAAUCAAGAGGUUGCAGAAUGAACUAAAGAAGCAACAGAAGCUGAAUUCUGGUUCUUUGGUUACCAUAAAGGAAUUGGAAGCCCAUAUUAGUAGGAUGGAGGAAGAAUUGGAGAGGCGAGUUCAAGGUUUUGAAGCUGAUAUAGCGAAGGUGACACGUGAAAGAGUUGACCAAGAGCAAAGAGCCAUUCAAGCAGAGGAAGCCUUACGGUUGACUCGAUGGAAGAACUCUAACACAGCUGAGAAGCUACAAGAGGAGUUCAGAAGGCUGUCUGUGCAAAUGGCCUCAACAUUUGAGGCCAAUGAGAAGGUGGCUAUGAAAGCAAUGGCUGAAGCUAAUGACGUUCGCUUCCACAAGAGUCAGCUAGAAGACAUGCUUCACAAAGCAAAUUCAGAACUUCAGUCUGUUAAGGAUGAUUAUGAGGAGAAAUUGAAAGAGCUUUCCAAGCAAUUAAGUUUGAAAAGCGGUCAGAUAGAGAAGUUGCUGAUGGAAAUUGAUGAAAAGUCGAAGCAUGAAGAACAACUUGGUGGAAGUUUCAUUCAGAAAGUUCAGAAGCUGCAAGCUGAGAUUGAAAAGCUUGUAAAAGAAAAUAAUCUCCUCUCCGUACAAGUGGAGGAAAUGAAGACGUCGAUCAAGACCCAUGAAGGAUUGGUGCAGAAGGGAAAUAUAGAGAGGAAUGAAUUACUGAAUACAAUUGCUUCAUUGAAGAAAGAAGCAGAUAAAUCAAAAGAGGACCUAACUACAUUGAGAUCUCUAGAGGAUGAAAAGGAGAAGGAACUUGGUCUCCUAAAAGCAGAAGUUGACACGCUAAAAUGCAAUUGUGAUGAGUUGAAGCAUUCUCUCAUUGAAGAUGAGCCGGAGAAGGAAAAACUCAGAAAGCAGUUAUGCCAACUGAAAGGCGACCUCAAGAAGAAAGAUGAAGUCUUGAUCAACACCGAAAAGAAGCUCAAGGAAAGCAACAAGCGUACAUCAGUUGUCCCUAGAACCAACAAGUCUACUCCAGUUUCUCAUGGCACCAAGGAGGUCUCAAAUCUCAGGGAGAAAAUUAAAUUGCUUGAGUUGCAUAUAAAGUCAAAGGAAACUGAGCUGGAGACAUCUGCAAGUUCAUUUUUACAGAAGGAAAGAGACCUUAUGGACAAGAUUGAAGAGUUGGAGAAAAGGCAAGAUGAACUUAACCAGUGCAGUGCAAGUUUAACUUGUAACCCUCCCCACAAGUUGAAUGGCGAUGCAACUGAUGAGGAUCUCGAAAAUGUGGCAUCUGUACCGAAAGACAAGAGAACCAAUGAUGAAGCUGAAUGCGAGAACGAAUCAAAACCCUUCACCAUGGAUGAUAAGUUGGUAAGGGAGCUGCUAUCGAUGAAGGAGAAGAACGAAGAAAUGGAAUGCGAGCUGAAAGAGAUGCAGGAGAGGUAUUCAGAAAUAAGUCUCAAGUUUGCAGAAGUAGAAGGUGAGAGGCAAAAGCUCGUGAUGACAGUAAGAAGCUUGAAAAAUGCUAGAAAAGAGCUCAUCAAACAAUCAUAAUAAAAGAAUGAAGGGGUUAAGGUUUCUUUCUAUACAAGUAAUAUGGUAACCUAUGAACAAGUGUAUAGUUUUUGGGGGGAAAAGCUAGUAACUGGAUUUCAUUUGUUCAAACAGAAAAUCUAGAGAGGAUUUGACUGUGCUGCUACAGAAGAGUGAAUAAUUUUUGUACAAAGUUUCUAUAGCCAGGGUGAAAAAAAAAGGGUUAUCUAGUCUAUUAGUUUAUUUAAUUUUUUACUUUGUAGGUAUAAGGAUGAAAAUGAUGUAGUGUUCUAGAUUUAUGUUCUUUCCGUGUAAUAUUUUUAACUUUUUUCAUGGAGUCUUGUGAUAUGUAAGGUGAAUGUUUGCAGCUUCUAUAUAUAAAUAUACAUAAUCUUUCCAUUAUUUGCCUCUCCUGAUUGUAAAUUGUGCCCCAAGUCGCAAUAGGCAGGUGGAUAUCUCAAUAUUUAUAAUAUAUUUGUG